AUGACCUUCUCGGGCCGUGCCCCCACCGGCGUCGGUCUAUCCUUCUUCCGUGGGGUUGGAGGCUCGGCAUGUUCCUCUAGCCUAACCAUUACUUGUUACGUUCUAACAAAAGGUUUUACACAGAUUCUAAGGAAGCGGAACGUGGCUGAAUUUGCCGAGGAUUUCCGAUUUGCUGAUUCUUUCCAUACUAUCUGUAGGUCAUGCGCAAUAUCUAUCUCAAAGUCGCUGUACUCUUGGAUUGCUAAGCUUUCCAAUUUGUAUUCUCUGUCCAACAAUUUACCUUUUCUGGAAUUCCAAGCAGGUGGGAUCCAGACACACUUCCCACAUCUUGUAGAUUACUACAAGGAAUCUCACGCGAUCGCUGUCAAUCAACUUGUUCUGCUGCCGCCGAACCAUUUUCAUACGGGUAUGCAAUUACUUGAGUCAAUAAUCACGCCAAGAGAGACCGAACUACCGGUCAUCAAGCUCAUCAAAUUGGUAUAUGAGCUGCUCGGCCAACUUCAGGACACUGGCGAGGAGACGCUGGCGAGUCUAGAUGAGCUGCGCCGACAAGUGCAGGUCUUGCAUGGUCUCGACACUGUCAUUUCAUCAAUCCCAGCCAAUCCUACCAAUCACUGGGCAUUUAAGCUGUCGCCUCCCGCAGCUGGAGUUCUCGACCAACUGGAGAAAUGCGAAAAUCGAGUCUCAGAUCGCUUCAUCAUUCUGGCCAAUAUAACAAAGAAUAGGCUACACCUUUUGAAUGCUGACUAUGUCGAUGAGAAACAGAGGGAUCCCCGUAGUUUUUGCGUCUUCGGUAGAGACACAAGUGGAGCGAUCACUCAUUCUAUCGCGCUCCCUUCACCCAAGCUCGAAAGUCAAGCACACCGGAACAUCUAUGGCAUAACGGGACAUAUGGGCGUCAGCCACACGCAAAAAAAUCGCCUGUUAAGGAAAAAGUCCCAAUCGGAAGAUGAGUUACCGCAAGAUCGACAGCCUACUAUCGUGCUCUACUAUUCUGCGACCAUUAUUGAGAUUUUGAGCGGAGGCCAAAGAGUGAAGGAUCGAAGCCAUAACACCGCAGAGUUCUUCUCCGGCGCCGCAUUCUCUAACUACGUCGGUGACGCAGUUCGAGGACCCGAGCAAAUAUAUCCUUUGGAUGAGACGCGGGAAGCAUUGUGGGGCUCGGCCAUCUGGACCAUCAAACCAUUUCAUAGCCAUUUCAUGGACAACAAACUCGGCAGUCGGUCACGGCGAGUGCCGGCACUAACGCCCUUGUGGAUUGGAAAUAUGAAUCACUUUCAUUCAAUUAAAAGGACCUAUUUACAAUUCCACUGA